AUGAUUUAAGACACUUCCAAAGACACUAUUCAAUGCACUUAUAAAAGAGGUCUAGUAGAAUAGCAAGCACCCACUCCUCAUUCAAAUUUCAAAUUUGUACCAUUUAAGAAGAUAUACAAUGAUGCCCUAGAUGCAAUUGGACAUACUCCAAUGAUUCGUUUAAAUAAAAUUCCAAAAGAAUAUGGUUUGAAAUGUGAGGUGUUAGUGAAAUGUGAAUUUGUUAAUGUAGCUGGAUCAAUCAAAGAUAGAAUAGGAGUGAGAAUGAUUGUAGAUGCAGAAAAAUAAGGAAGACUUGGACCAGGAAAAUCAAUAGUGGAAGCCACCUCUGGAAAUACAGGAGUAGGUUUGGCAUUAGCAUGUGCUGUUAAAGGAUAUCCUUUAUAUAUAACAAUGCCUGAAAAGAUGUCUUAGGAGAAGUAAGAUGUUUUAACGGGACUUGGAGCUAAAGUGAUUCGAACACCAACAGAGGCAGCCUGGUAUGAACCUGAAUCAUUAAUCUAAGUGGCUAAAAGGAUGGCAGCUGAGAAUCCUGAUAUUAUACUCUUAGAUUAAUAUUCAAAUCCAUCUAAUCCUUUAGCUCAUUAUGAAGGGACAGCUGAAGAAAUUUUAUGGGCUUGUGAUGAUAAAUUAGAUGCAAUUGUUAUGUCUACAGGUACAGGAGGAACAGUGACAGGAGUAGGUCGAAAAAUUCAUGAGAGAGUCCCAGGAUGUCAAGUUAUUGCUGUUGAUCCAUAUGGAUCAGAUUUAGCAAUGCCUCCAGAGAUUAAUAAGACUGAUAUUAAAUCUUAUAAGGUUGAAGGCAUAGGCUAUGAUUUUAUUCCAAAAGCUCUUGAUAGAGUAAUUGUUGAUUUAAUUUUGAAUAGACCGAAGUUGAUUGUUGGAUUAAAUCAAAUGACAAAGAUAGUUUAACUAUGGCUCGUAAAUUAAUGGCAGAAGAAGGUCUUCUAUGUGGAGGUUCAUCAGGUGCUAAUGUUUGGGGAGCUCUUGAAUGGGCUAAAUCACAAAAUUUUACAGAAUAAUAGAGGGUAAACUUGAGAAAUAUAUUUUAGAUUGUUAUCAUAUUACCAGACAAUAUAAGAAAUUAUAUGACUAAACAUUUAAAUAAAACUUGGAUGAUUGAAAAUAGAUUAAUAUCUUAUGAUGAAUUAAAAGAAUCAGAUCAUCCAUUAGCUGGAAAACCUUUAUCUGAACUUAAUCUUCCUGAAAUACCUCUAUUAAAUGUUGAGACUACUACUAUAGGUGAAUGUUUGGAUUACUUAAGAACAUAUCCAGCUGUACCAUUAUAAAAAGAUGGAAAAUUAUUAUCAGUUGUAUUCUAGAAGAAAUUGUUAGUUGGAAUAAUUGAUAAGAAAUUAAAUAAUGUAAUUUUAUAGUAUUAUAAAAUUUAGAGAGAUUUAGCUAAAAAAGUUCAAUCUAAGGAUUUUGUUGUUGUUCCUAAUAGAUUAGAUUAAAAUUAAUUAGAAAGGAUUGUUGAAAGACAUGAAGUAGUUUUUAUUGAAGAUGGUGAAAAAUUGAGAUAUGCAACUCCUUUAGAAUUAUUAUAGAUAUUUUGA